UUUAUCCAACAACUUGUUCCAAGCCCAGAUUAAUUAACAAAGUAAAAGCAGGCAACAUGAUUUUUUCAAAAAAGAGAGUUUGUGAAUUCUCCUUCAUGUUUCUUGUUCUUGCAGCCUCCAUUGCAACUUUGGCCAGAGCUCAAGAAGUUGACGACGAAAGAGAGUUCAGUUACGACGAAAGCAGUGAGGUCGGGCCGUCGCGUUGGGGAGAGAUCCAUUCCGAAUGGAAGGAUUGUAAUUCCGGGCAAAUGCAGUCUCCUAUUGAUUUGCGGAAUAAGAGGGUUAAAAUAGUUUCUCAUUUGGGUAAAUUAAAAAGAAGUUACAAACCUGCUAAUGCUACUCUCAUCAAUAGAGGCCAUGAUAUGAUGUUGAGAUGGAUAAAUGAUGCUGGGCAUAUCAAGAUAAAUGGAACCAAAUUUUACCUUAGGCAAUGCCAUUGGCACUCUCCCUCAGAACACACUCUCGAUGGAAGAAAGUUCGACAUGGAAGUUCACUUGGUUCACGAGAGCGACACCGGCCGUAUGGCUGUGAUCGGAAUCAUGUACAAAAUCGGACGCCGCGACACUUUCAUAUCAAUGUUGAAACCAAGGUUUCAAGCAUUGAGUGAAUUAACAGAUAUCGAAAAAACUAUUGGUGUAAUAGAUCCAUACUUGAUAAAAUUUGGGAGCAGAAAAUACUAUAGAUACAUCGGUUCACUUACCAUCCCACCUUGCACUCCAAAUAUCAUAUGGUCAAUUGUAAGAAAGGUGAGGACUGUGACAAAAGAACAAGUUAAUUUGAUCCGGGAGGCAGUGCACGAUAAUUUGGAAGUUAAUGCAAGGCCAAUCCAACGUACAAAUGGGCGUUCUGUUGAGAUCUACAGGCCAAAUGAUCCUAAGAAUUGAUUAAAUCAAAUUUACUUUAUUUUCGCAAUUAGAAUAUGGUGUGCCCAGUUAUUUACCAUGUAUUCAUUUUUUAUUCAUGUUCCAAUAAACAUGAUUAAUUUUUAUUAGCA